UCAAAAUUACAAAGAUAUUGUUGAAACACUCAUGAACCUUUUAUGAAAUAUUACGCGUUGGAGAUUUUUUAUCAUGAGAAAAUUCUUAUGUGUUUUUUUAAUAUUCGCAUCCUUUUUGUCAUGCCGUAGCACUAAUGUUAAUUGGGCUUCUAUAGCGUGUUUAGUUAAUGGAACAAGCUAUUUUACCGGUAUAAUACAGGAGGUAGUGAAAGAAAUUGAAAACGAGGUCCGUUGGUGCAACUUGAAAUUGGACGAUAUAAAUCAAUUCGUAAACACAAGCUACUACAACUGGCGCGUUCUUGGCCCAGUGAACUAUUCGAAUGGCUUUACAAUUUCCGUUCAGGAUCUUAGUAUAUUAAACAUAAAGACAAUAUUCUCUACUAAAAAUGAAAACGGUAGAGAAUACGGUGAUGCUUACAUAGAGGGAACACUUAGAAUUUCCGGUUUAAAAGUUGGUUUCGAUGUUAAAACCAAUUUUGAAGAUUCUGGUGAACGCCACUUUACCUCUGUACAUGAGUACGAAACGACAACAAUGCUUUUGUGGAUGAAUCGUAAUUUACUCACAAACGAAACAACAUCUAGCUCCGGGACUCUUUCCAUUCCUAAACCCCGAGAUGUAAGACACGUUUACUUGCCAAAGAGCAAUAUAACGGAAGUUUUAUCAAGACACUUUGUACCGAAUGUGAAUGCCGGGAGUAUCGGAAGAUGGGGAAGAGAAAUUAUUGCUCCUUUAAUACCAAAACACGCUGCCAAGUUUGACUUUCCAGAAAUACGUUUUGAUAAAUGUUAAGUCAAUAAAUGAACAAUUUUUUUUUUGAAUGAAUUUGAACCUUAUUACAAUUUAAUCUUUAAGCAUUCUAGUUAUUUACAAGUCACAAAGGGUGU